CCACCUGAAACGAAACUGAAAUACUUUCCUUUAAACUGUUGCAGCGGAUUCUUCGCCGUUUGUCACAGCCGGUUUACAUUCAGUUCCGGGUUUUCCUCUUCGCGUGUUUUUCUCUCUCAGAUUUGGUCUUAACUGCGUCUACAAAAUGUCAGGAAUCGCUGAAAUCGAUGAAGGAUUCUACUCUCGACAACUGUAUGUCCUGGGCCAUGAAGCAAUGCUCCGGAUGGGCACAGCCAAGGUCCUCGUAGCAGGAAUGAGAGGUCUGGGAGUAGAAAUAGCCAAGAAUGUGAUCCUGUCCGGAGUUAAACAUGUCACUAUCCAGGACGAAGGACUGACAGCAUGGACCGACCUGUCAUCCCAGUUUUUCCUGAAGGAGUCCCAUCUCGGUCAGAAUCGGGCUUCAUGUUCGCUACAACAGCUGGCAACUUUAAACCCGCAUGUGCUUGUGGAGGCCUAUACUCAACCACUAGAUGAGCACCUGCUUCUGCAAUUCCAGGUCGUGGUCCUCACUGACUCCUCACUCGAUGAUCAGAAGCGUUUUGGUGAGCUGUGUCAUUCACAUGGCAUUAAGUUCAUUGUAGCAGACACCAAGGGACUCUGUGGUCAGCUGUUCUGUGACUUUGGGGAGAAGUUUGAGGUCUUGGACCGGGAUGGAGAAAUGCCUGCAUCAGCGAUGAUACAGCAUAUCUCUAAGGCCAAUCCUGGAGUGGUGAUCUGCACAGAUGACCAGAAGCAUGGACUCUCAGAUGGCUCUAAAGUUGUUUUUUCUGAAGUUCAAGGCAUGACAGAACUUAACAGAAUCGGCCCUGUGGAGAUCAAAGUCCGUGGCCCGUAUUCCUUCAGCAUUGUUGACACGUCUGCCUUUUCUGAGUAUGAACGAUGUGGAGUGGUGAAUGAAGUUAAACAGCCCUGCCUGAUAAAUUUUAAGCCACUGAGUGAGGCUUUACGGGACCAUGAUCUGCUGGUAAUGAAUGACUAUGGAAAAAUAUCUCGACAUAACACCCUGCACUUGGCCUUCCAAGCCCUCCAUAGCUUUGUGAAGAAAGAAAAGCGACUCCCUGGUCUCUGGUCUCAGACAGAUGCAGAUUACCUGCUAACCAUAGUGAGAGAGAUGAAUGCAGCUGCACAACUGGAAGAGCUGGAUGAGGCUGUAGUACAAAGCCUGUCCUACACAGCCCAGGGGGAUCUGGCUCCCAUGAAUGCUUUCAUAGGAGGGCUGGCUGCUCAAGAAGUGAUUAAGGCGUGCAGUAGGAAAUUUAUGCCUCUUCAGCAGUGGCUGUAUUUUGAUGCACUGGAGUGCCUGCCUGAGGAAGAGGAUCAACCAACAGAAUGCUCAUUUGCGAUGAACGGCACAAGGUACGACGGACAGAUUGCUGUGUUUGGCUCCGCGUUCCAGGAGAAGCUUCAAAGGCAGAAAUAUUUCCUGGUUGGAGCUGGUGCUAUUGGCUGUGAGCUUCUUAAAAACUUUGCCCUCAUAGGCCUUGGUGCAGGAGAAGACGGGCACAUCACCAUAACGGACAUGGACUCAAUAGAAAGAUCCAACUUGAACCGCCAGUUCCUGUUCAGGACUCGUGAUAUUGGGAAACCUAAAUCAGAAGUUGCAGCCAGAGCCGUGUGUGAGAUAAACCCACACCUGAAUAUCACAUCGCACCAGAAUCGGCUGGACGCUGACAGUGAAGGAGUAUACGACUACAGCUUCUUCAUGGAGCUCGAUGGAGUGGCUGCAGCCCUCGAUAAUGUGGAAGCCAGGGUCUAUCUCGAUAGACGCUGUGUGCAACACCAGAAGCCAAUGCUGGAGGGGGGAACUCUAGGGAGCAAAGGUCAUACCUUGGUGGUGGUUCCUCACCUGACAGAGUCUUAUGGACCGGCCAAAUCAAGUUCUAGCAACGCUAUCCCACUGUGUACUCUCAAGAACUUCCCUCACCGUAUCGAGCACACUUUGCAGUGGGCGAGGGACCAGUUUGAAGGAUUAUUUAAACAAACACCUGAAAACGUAAAUCUCUUCUUGAGGGAUUCAGGGUUUAUAAAGCGGACUCUAGAUCUUGGUGAUGCCGAGGCCCUGGAGAUCCUCGGAGGGGUGUGGAGCAGCCUGGAGGACAUGGAAGCUGGAGGACAGCGUCCAAAGAGCUGGGAAGACUGUGUGCGCUGGGCACGUUGCAAGUGGGAGACUCUCUUCAACAACGAGAUCCGUCAGCUUCUGCACUGUUUCCCUCCUCAUGAGAAAACCACUACUGGCCUGCCCUUCUGGUCUGGAUCCAAGAGGUGCCCUCAUCCACUGACCUUUGAUCCUAGCAUGACUACUCAUAUGGAGUAUGUGAAGGCCGCAGCUAACCUGUAUGGGCAAAUCUAUGGGAUCAAAGGGACAAGAGACUUGACUUUGAUCGGAAGAGUCUUAGAGAAUGUCCAUGUACCAUCUUUCACUCCCAAGUCCUCCGUGAAGAUUCAUGUUACUGACAAGGAGAUGGAGGAGGAGAAAAAACGGGGAAGUGAUGAUGCUGAAAAAGCCAGACUUGAGGAGUUGAAAGGAAAGCUGGCCUCACCCCCUCUGCAAAGCUCAGUUCAGAUGCACCCCAUUGACUUUGAGAAGGAUGACGACAGUAACUUCCACAUGGACUACAUUGUUGCUGCAUCUAACCUGAGAGCAGAAAACUAUGAUAUCCCUGCAGCUGAUCGCCACCAGAGUAAGCGCAUUGCCGGAAGGAUCAUCCCAGCCAUUGCCACCACGACAGCCGCAGUGGCAGGCCUCAUGUGCCUGGAGCUGUAUAAACUGGUUCAGGGUCACCAAAAGAUCAGCUCUUACCGCACAGCUUACAUCAACCUGGCCGUCCAGUACUUUGUCAUGUCCCAGCCGAGCCGGCCUCAGCGCUUUGAAGUUGCAGGAAAGAAAUACACCCUGUGGGAUGACUUCCUUGUUGAGGGCAGCAGAAGUGGUCAGCAGGAAAUGACCUUGGAAGAUCUGUUCCAGUGUAUCAAGGAAAAGUGUAACUUGAAUGUCUGCAGUCUUUUCUAUGGAAAUGCUAUCUUAUUCAAUGGACACAAUGAGAGGCUGAAGAAGAGAGUGUCUGAUGUAGUGAAGGAGGUGACAAAGGAAGACAUCCCUCCACAUAAAAAGAUGCUGGAAUUAAUCCCGUCAUUUACUGAAGAUGAGGACUGCGAGUCAGUUCCAACGAUCAGAUACCUUUACAUGUGAUGCCAUCGACGCAGUUUCAGUGAAGACGGGCUGCACGGAUCCGUUGCUGUAUAACAAAGGAAAUUCAGCUCCCAGGAGCCAUCAUGUUAUUUAAAAACGAAUAGAAUCUAAAAUUUACGGUUGAUGUUUUUAUUCUUUUAACUUGACAUGACAUGCUGUGAUUUUUGUUAGACUUCUUUGUUCUGUUAAUGAAUUAUGUUGAAAAAGGAUAAAAUUUAUAUAUAAGUCCUCAUUGUAUGGCAAAAAUAGAAUCUUGGCAAACUGCGCUUUCUUUUUUCUUUCUUUCUUUAACUUAAAGUUUUGUCACCCAAAGGAUUUGUUUGUCAACUUGUGGUUUUGACCUAUAUGUGAAGUUUUUCUUUUGAGAAGUCUUACUGAAAUGUUGUGAAGAUUCUGGCAAAGACAUGCAGGUUAGAAGAUCUUCCACUCCUGGGCCAGAGCUUUAAUUAAGGUCAUGGUCAGCACACUAUUUGUGGAGGUUGAUAAACGUAUAUCACCAUAUGUUCAGAGUGGAGAAACCAAAGUCAUUUGGAAGGCUUUCAUCUGUCCUCAGGUGGUUUUAGUACAUUCCCCGUCCCUUUCUGCAGCCUCAGUGUUUCACUCCACACCCUCAUAUUAACAAGCUGACAUUAAUAGCAAGCUCUUGGUUCUCUAGAAUUAUGUCAUGCAAAUCAUCUCUGUCAUUUUCACUGCAACUACUUAAUGUCUUUUAAAUUUACAGUAUAGGUUGCACUAUGAUACAAUUUAUGAUUAAAUCCAGUUUGGACAAUAAAAUGCCUCUUUGAGGAACAAGUUA